AAUGCUUAAUCAACAAACGAAUUCUUUAUUUUUCAUUUUAUUUGCUUUUUUUAUUCUUAUUAUGACAAGUCUUUACAACUUGAAGACAAUUAUUGAUUUAACUUUUGAAAAUUCAAAAUUACGAACAAAUAUUCUUUUACUUAAUUUGACAUGUAAUAAAGUUGAUAAUGACAAUAAAUGUUUAAAUGAAGAUCCAAUUAUUUUUGUUACACCGACAUCUUACAGACCAGAACAAAAAGCUGACCUUACAAGACUUGGACAAACACUUGGAAAUAUUUGUAAUUUAUUUUGGAUUAUUGUUGAGGAUGCUCAAUUUCCUUCAAAAUUUAUUGACGAUUUAUUUGAUAGAUUGAAAAUUAAAGGUGUUCAUCUUGUAAAAGAAACACCUGCUGAUAAAAAAUUGAAGUUUUCUGAUCCAAGAUGGAAAUUUCCUCGUGGAGUAGAACAACGAAAUUCUGCUCUUUUUUGGAUAAGAAAUAAUUUAAAUUCUUGGAAGAGAGGAAUUGUUUAUUUUGGUGAUGACGACAAUACUUAUGAUUGGAGACUUUUUGAUGAAAUGCGCAAAAUAAACCAAAAAAUUGGUGUUUGGCCUGUUGGAAUUGUUGGUGGAAUGCUUGUUGAGACUCCUCUUUUGGAAAGAACUUUAACAAAUUAUACAGUUAAUGGUUUUAAUUCUCGUUGGAAGCCUGAACGUCCUUUCCCUAUGGAUAUGGCUGGCUUUGCUAUAAAUAUUUCUUUAAUUCAUGAACACUCUACAAGUUUAUUUAGUUAUAAAUCUCCGCGUGGUUUUAUGGAAUCACAUUUUUUGCAAUCUUUGGACAUUAAAAGAGAAGAUCUUGAACCUUUAGCUAUGCAUUGUACUAAAGUUUUUGUUUGGCAUACUCGCACACAGAAAUCUGCUUUAAUGGCUGAUGAAUUCCAAAAAUAUAUUAUGGCAAUAAAUAUUUCCUCAAGUCUUUCUAUGGUUGAAGAAGAUGCAAUAUUUUAA